AUGGAGCACUUCUAUGAGGAUGACCAGAUGGAUAAUUUGCACGAGGUUGGACGUGACGUUGAGGAUGAAUAUAUCGUACGGCCAAAUGAGCAUGACGAUUGGGAAAACCUUGAUGAGGUUGGAGAGAAGAAUGGUGGUGGAGACGAUGCUAAUGAAGCCCAUGUCAAAUACACUUCAAACAAGAGCAUUAACACCAACAGACGCAGACAAGGCCCAUAUCUUUGGAUGAAUGUUUUUUCCUGGUGUUUUGGUUCGGGCGAAUCAUGUUCAUGUUCCACUUUGACCUCUGCGCCGGAGUUUAAUGACUGA